AUGGCUUCCGUGGUCUGGGGGAGUGGCCCCUGGUGGGGCCCGCCGCCCCCAGCCCCAGCCCGCCCGCUCACCGACAUCGAUUUCUGCUCCGGAGCGCAGCUCCAGGAACUGACCCAGCUGAUCCAGGAGCUGGGAGUGCAGGAGAGCUGGAGAGACGGGCCCAAGACCGGCCCAGACCUCCUGCGGGCCAAGGACUUUGUCUUUGCUCUGCUGGGUCUGGUGCACCGCCGAGACCCCCGCUUUCCUCCCCAAGCGGAGCUCUUGCUGCUCCGUGGCGGGAUCCGCGAGGGCUCUGUGGAUCUGGGGCCUGCGCCCCUGGGCCCCUAUGCCCGGGGGCCUCACUACGACGCCGGCUUCACACUCCUGGUGCCGGUGUUUUCUCUGGAGGGCGCUGGGCAGGAGCUGCACCUGGACACGGAAUCCUCUUCUGCCUGGCUCCGCCUCCCAGAGCUGAUGCGCGGAACCCCGGUGCGAAAGGCCUGGCAGGACUGCCUGGGACCCCCAGUCCCAGGAGGACGUGAACCGGUGCACCGAGCCGAAAGCGAACACGGUCCCAGGGAUCCCCAAAGCCCCGGGGACCGCCCGCCCGGUGACGUCACCGAGCCUGGCCUGCACGUGUCUUUGGGAAAAUCGCCUAGUGACCGUCCGGGGCCCGAGUCGCCUGGGCCGGAUGCAGCUGACCUUGGCGUCCCCGCCUCCGCGAGCAAACCGAACGGUGACGUCACUGAAGCAGCCGCGGACGGCCCGGCCGCCCCGCCGUCGGAGGCCCCGGGGGCGUGGCCCACGCUGUGCCCCGCCAAGGUGGCGGCGUGGUUCUUCGCCGCGCUGGCCGAGGUCGCCGGGUCCCUGGUCCCGGUCCCCGGCGCCCCGCUCUUGGUCCACGCGGCCCGCCACGCGGGGUUCACCACCAUCCUCCUGGCUACCCCAGGGCCCCCACGCCGCCUGCUGCUUUUCGACCUGAUCCCCGUGGUGUCUGUGAACGGCUGGCCCGAGGGGGCCCGGAGCCACUCGUGGGCCGGCCCGCUGGCCUCCGAGGCGCCCUCCUUCUACCUGGUGCCGGGCGGGGGCGCGGAGCGGCCGGGCGCUUCCGGCUGGCAGCUGUGCUUCGCCCGCCAGGAGCUGGCGCUCAAGGCUCUCGUCCCCGCUCCGCUGCUGCAGGCGCACGCGGCGGCCCAGGCGCUGCUGCGCCCCCUGGUGGCCGGGACCCGCGCCGCGGCGCCCUACCUCCUGCGGACGCUGCUCUACUGGGCGUGCGAGCGGCUGCCCGCGCUGUACCUGGCGCGGCCGGAGAACGCGGGCGCCUGCUGCCUGGGGCUGCUGGACCAGCUGAGCCGCGCGCUCGAGGCCGGGACUCUGCCCCACUAUUUCCUGAGCGGCCGGAAGCUCUGGGCCGGCGACCGCGCGGCGGCGCUGCUGGCGGCGCUGGCCCGGCUCCGUGCGGACCCUGCCCGCGCCCUGGGCGCCACCGUGGAGGAGGCCAAGACCGCGCGCAAGGGGGGCGGCUUGGCCGGGGUGGGAGGCGGGGCCCACGAAGGACUCCUACCAGCAUGGAAAGCCCCGCACGUGGGAGACACUUAG